UAUGAAGACUAUGAAAUACUAUGAGCAUGAUGUUCUCACAUAUUAACUUUGGCCUAAAAAUACAUUUUAGAAAAUGUCAUAUUUUAUUUAUUUAAUAGUAUAUCAGAGCUGGCUGUAAGUACGAAAACUUAUUGAAUACUAAAAUGGAAUAAAAAUAAGCAUUGAAAACAUGUAAAUAGUCAUCUGAAAUAACAAUAAUUUGA